AGCGAGAGGCUUCCAGAGCAGCACCAUGUCUCUGUACCGCAACUCCGCCUGGUUCCUGAAGGGAGUGACUGAGUUCACCAGGAAUGCCUUCCUGUCAGCCUCCAAGCGAUUUGUGGAGAAGGACCUGGAGGUGUCCAUGGCGGGACGCUCCUUCAUGAUAACAGGAGCCAACAGUGGCAUUGGGAAAGCCACCGCCAUGGCCAUCGCUAAGAGAGGUGGAGCGAUCCACAUGGUGUGCAGAAACAAGGACAAGGCUGAGGAGGCUAGGGCUGAUAUCGUCAAGGAGACAGGGAAUAAAGAGGUGUACGUCCACAUCCUGGACCUGUCUGAGACCAAGAAGGUCUGGGAGUUUGCAGAAGCCUUCAAGAGGAAGUACAAGGCUCUCAAUGUACUGAUCAAUAACGCAGGCUCUAUCAUGAGUCAGAGGGAUGUGAAUGCCGAGGGGCUUGAGAAGAGCUUCGCCACAAAUGUCCUGGGGAUUUACAUUCUCACAAAGAGUCUCAUCCCUUUACUGGAGAAGAGUGCAGAUCCCAGAGUGAUCACAGUGUCAUCAGGGGGGAUGUUGGUGCAGAAGCUCAGGACAGGAAACCUGCAGUCUGAGAGGGGCCGCUAUGACGGCACCAUGGUCUACGCCCAGCACAAGAGGCAGCAGGUAGUGAUGACAGAGCAGCUGGCUAAGACUCACACUAACAUCCACUUCUCCGUCAUGCAUCCUGGCUGGGUGGACACUCCAGCGGUGGCUAAUGCCAUGCCAGACUUCCACAGCUCUAUGAAGGAAAGCCUGCGGACCCCAGAGCAGGGGGCCGACACCGUGGUGUGGCUGGCUAUCUCUGAGGCUGCGAUCACAAACCCCAGCGGACGCUUCUAUCAGGACCGAAGGAUGGUGUCCACCCACCUGCCGCUGGCCUGGACCCACAGCUCCUCCCUGGAGGAGCAGAAGUUAAUGUCUCUGCUGGAGGACUUCGCCAAGACGUUCCAGCCACACUGAGACAGCAGGAGCUGGGUACCAGUACACCCCCACCACUAACACCACCAGCUCAUACUGACUGAGGCUGGGCUCAGUAUUUCAUCCCCCUGUUGAACAUACACUCCAGGAGAGGGGGAAGGAAUAAAUCUGGGUCUGUUUGGAGAGUUAACACUGGCUUCAAACACAUAUGAAGCUAUUCUUUGAGUUUUAAGAUGUGUUUGGGAAACGAGCCUCACAAUGCCAGAUUAACUCACCUGUAAGUGAGGGAUUAGCUAGAUUUGUAAUGCUUUAUAACUACUUUUAUAACUAUUUUUCUUAUUUAUAAGCUCAAAUUUAUAAGAACUAAAACUUUUAUUGUAUAAAAAUGUUUGAUGUUUAAUGAGUUUUCAAAGGAUGUUUUCUUGCUGAUAGAGAGAGCAGCUUCAUGAGCCACACACACACACAUACACACACACACCAACAUCCCAGUCUUUUACUGUGACUUUAUAAGAGGUGUCAAUCAGAUGGGAAUCUGAUGCGACCAAAGUCACGCACACGACGCCCAGUCUGCAUUCACACAGCACCAGUUAUGUGUUCAGUCUCAUUGUUGUGUCUAGAUAACAUAAACGUGCCAAACUGCUGAUGUGUAUUUAACAGCUCUGUUAAGUGUAUUUGUUAUAUUGUAGUGCAGUCGCUGUAAUGAACAGGUUGAACUCAGGCUGGAGGUGAAGUGUUCUCUCUAUGAGCCGCGUGCCUUAAAUGCACCGCAGCAGCAGCAUCACUUUACGUGCAAUAAAAUCCAUGUUUUUAUGACUUGGUAAUAUCUGCCCUGCACCUUUAAAAAGGCUUUUUACUGACUGUGGCUUUGGCUGGAGUCUAUCUUGUAAAUGCA